UUCUUUGUUCUGGUGUCCAUCAGGCACAGGCCAUCAUGAACUUUGUGGUGCGUUACCGUCCUGAUGAGCAGCCGUCUCUACGGCCGCAUCACGACUCCUCCACCUUCACCAUCAACAUUGCCUUGAACAGCAAGGGAGUCGACUAUGAGGGCGGAGGCUGCAGGUUCCUGAGGUACAACUGCAAGGUGGAGUCUCCCAGGAAGGGCUGGUCCUUCAUGCAUCCCGGCCGCCUGACACACUACCACGAGGGGCUUCCCACCACCAGAGGGACCAGAUACAUCAUGGUGUCCUUCGUGGACCCCUAACAAAACCCAGAAACUGUGUGUGUGUGUGUGUGUGAGAGAGAGAACAUCAGUCAGCCUCGUCAUCACUAUAGAAACAGACGUGAUGACCCUGAACGCAUCGCUCGUUUUAAAUCAUUUCAACAUGUCCUCUGGUCAGGUGGUCUGACCGAUUUCUGUCUCUAUAGCAACCUUUAUGAGAGACCCGUCGUCGUAAAGUCACUUUAUUUUCAUUCAGAACAAGCAGUCGUGACGCCACACACCACACUUUGUGGUCAUAAAGGCGCUGCUGCCGAGCAUUUCAAAAUAAGAGCCUCUCGUAAAAUCACCAAGCUGCCUUAACUUGAUACCUGAAUCUAUGCAAGAAGUGAAACACACUCCAUGAUUGUUUGUCUGUUUGUGUGUGCUGGUGCUGUCCAUUAAACUGUAGGAACAGUACUGCUGCAGACCUGGACUUGAAAGCAGCACCGCAGGACUCUGUGGCGCUGCUCCUGCGGGGGGCGCUACACUCUACACCAUGAUGGUAUUUUUACUAACUUUGUGCUCAAGGUUAAAACAUGAACUCGUCACCAACUCGCUGCCUGAAUCCAUGUUGGUGGUUACCACGGCAACCAGUCUCGGCCAAUCGGAUGAUCUUUUAGAGUUGAAUGAGAGUGAAUGUGUUGUAGAGAGCAGAACUUCAAAGUCUGUACAGAGUUUUCAGGGUAUGAAACUCCACUUAAACUGUUACUGGGGAAACACUAAAGGCCUUUUUAUAUUUCUGAUCUUCGCUGUUUAGUUUUUUAAAAUUCACCUCCAUGUUUCUGUCAGAUAGUCGAGUGUUUCCUGUUGUCGUGUUGGUGUGAAACCAUCGGCUCCUCGCAGGAUAUUUAAAAAAAUGCAAAUGUUGUGCGUCUGUGUGGGGAGCGAGGUUUCCACCCGACACUGCCUCCAGUCUCCAAUCAAUACGUGCCUGUCGAUACGAGGAAUCAACUGUCUGGCUUUGUACAAACUGCAUUAAAUUAUUUGUGUUGAGAUUUUAAUAAAAAACUGACGUGAAAUAGA